AUAUCUGAACCAAAUGAGUUUGACAUCAUGCUUGUAAUACCUGUUGCAAGACUUCAGCUGGAUGAAUGUGAUGAUACCGGAGCCUAUUACUAUCUAAAAUUCAAAAGAAAUCCAAAAGAAAAGAGUUUGUUGAACUUUUUAGAUGAAGAUGGAAAAUUAUCAGCCUUUAAAAUGCUUCAAGCACUAAGACACAUUAUUAAACAAGAAGUAAAAAACAUUAAAAAUGUGGAAGUAACUGUGAAAAGGAGAAAGGCUGGAAGCCCUGCAAUAACUCUUCAGAUCAAAAAUCCUCCAGCAGAAAUAUCAGUGGACAUCAUCUUGACUUUGAAAGCUGAUCAGAGCUGGCCACCCAGCACCCAGGAUGGCCUCAAAAUUGAACAGUGGCUGGGAAGAAAAGUCAGGGGAGAGUUCAGAUAUACACCACUUUAUUUAGUAGCCAAACAAAACAAAAAAGAAGAGGUUCAAAGAGGAAACACCUGGCGACUCUCUUUCUCGCAUGUUGAGAAGGCCAUGCUGAACAACCACGGCCAGUCAAAGAAGUGUUGUGAAUCUGAUGGACCAAAGUGCUGUAGGAAAGGUUGUCUUAAGCUUCUGAAGUAUCUUCUAGAGCAACUUAAAAUUAAACAUAAAAAACAGUUGGAAAAAUUCUGUUCAUAUCAUGUCAAAACUGCUUUUUUCCACUCGUGUGUCAUGUGGCCACGUGACACAGACUGGCAUUGGGGAGACCUGGAUCAUUGCUUUCAGAAAUAUCUGGGCUAUUUUCUGGAUUGCCUGCAAAAGUCUCAGCUACCGCACUUUUUUAUUCCCCGAUACAACUUGCUCAGCCUGGAAGAUAAAGCAAGCAGUGAUUUUCUUUCAAGACAAAUAAACAAUCAGUUGAACAACAGAUUCCCAAUAUUUCAGGAGAGUCAUUAA